AUGGCUCAUGCAAGAUUAUGCCAAGUUGAACAGAAUGUUAUUGAUGUUCAACAACAAUGUAAAGUUUCAUGUUCUUCACUCAUCAGUUGUGAAGAAACUGAAAAAUCAUCAACUACCAAAACUCUGCAGUCCUGUCUGCAGAGUAAUUCGAGUCCAAAACCUUCUCUCAUCCUAACUGUGUGUAAGAAUGGUAAGGAGUAUUCAAUGAGGAAGAGGGAAAACAAGUCCACAAAACGACCAUCCAACAGAUUGGAGGAAACUCAAAAAUCCAAACGUCGUCACUUGGAAGACUUUCCUCUUGUUUUAACUCCAGUUUGCUCCUCUUUCAAUCUUCAAUCACAAGAUUCAAUUUACUCACCAAUCAUCAUUACUCCAUGCACCAGCAAUUGA